UCUUGUUUAAACGGAGGGAGUACUAAUUUUCACUACUAAAUAAAACAAAGUGAGGUGUCAGUUUCAACCAACCGGCAAUAACAAGUUACCCAGUCACCAAUUCCCCCUUUUUUAUAAAACCUUAAAAACCACCACCAUUACAAUAAAACCUCAAACAAAUCAAAAUUUUAUGUAAAAUCACCCCCCAAAAAAAAGAAAAAAUGAAGGGAAAAUCAGUGAAGGAAGAAGAAGAAGGAGGAAGAAAAGGGUCAGUGAGUAUUGAAGAGUUACAGAAAAAAAUGGCAGAUUUUGCUAAAGAAAGAGAUUGGGAUCAGUUUCAUACUCCAAGAAAUCUCCUUUUAGCACUGGUGGGUGAAGUUGGAGAGUUGUCUGAAAUAUUUCAGUGGAAAGGUGAGGUCCCAAGAGGUUUACCAGACUGGGAAGAAAAAGAGAAGCAACAUUUAGGUGAAGAGCUCUCAGAUGUGUUGCUUUAUCUUGUCAGGCUUUCAGAUAUUUGUGGCAUUGAUCUUGGUAAUGCUGCAUUGAGAAAACUAGAGCUAAAUGCCAUUAAAUACCCUGUUAGCCUAUGCAAAGGUUCAUCAAAAAAGCUUACUCUUUUGAGCAAAAAUACUACAACAACAACAACCUCCAGCAGUGAAAAAGGUGUUGUUAAUAAUGAUGGUGAAUGAUUUUCUUUUUGUUUAGGCCUUUAGGGUCUCUUUUUAUAGUUUCUUUCUUAGACUUGCUAUGACAACUACUAACUAGUUUUGUGAUAAAAGGGAUAUAGACAUAUAGUGUGUUGAUGAUUUGUAGUACUAACAUGUACCAAGUCAAACAGUUUCUGCCUUUUCUGGAUUAUUUGGUUUUUUGCUUUA